ACGGGGACACCUAAGAAAACUCUUCAAACACUCUUUGCUCAAAAAGUUGCCCUUCUCGGCGCUAGUGGCGGUAUCGGUCAACCAACUGCCCUGUUAUUGAAGCAAUCACCCUUGGUUUCACACCUGGCAUUAUAUGACAUCGUGCAUGUAAAAGGUGUUGCUGCCGACCUUAGUCAUAUUGAGACGAGAGCUCGAGUUACUGCUCAUGACGGUCCCAGCCACCUGGCAGAUUGCCUGAAAGAUGCCGAUGUGGUUCUCAUACCCGCUGGCGUUCCACGCAAACCCGGUACGUAUACACCUACCUGUUUACUGGCACUUCUGACAGUAGGUCCUCCGUGCAGAGGCUUCCAAAGAAAAAAAACGGGAAAAUACAAAAACAUGGAUCCAAAGGUCCAGUGGGAUACGCACAAGACUCAUUUAAUUCAAACUGACCGCGUCAGUGUUUUCACUACAAGUGUUGUAUUUAGAAAGUGCAUCAAACAUUCCUUGCCACCCGAGGCGUCGCUUUACUUUUUCGUGGUUCAUGAGAAGGAAAUUUGGUCAUGA